AUGGUUUAUAUUCUUACGAAAAUGUCUAAAUUACGGUUUUCACAAUUCAAAUUUAUUACACGCUUAUGCACUUCAUCAGCUUAUUCAACAGUUAAUACUUCCGUGCCUCUUUCAGAGUUGAAAAACCGACACAGAAGUUUUAUAGAUAACCUCGAUACCUUUGUAAAGCAGUCGCCAAAGAAGUCAUGUUAUCAUUUAGUUAUCAUACCAGCAUCGGAGAUACAGUAUAUGGCGUAUCAUGUUCCAUAUCCAUUCCACCAGGACUCCAAUUUUUUCUACUUCACGGGACUGAAUGAACCAAAUGGAAUAUUUUUGGUUUGUAAAAAUGAAACUGAAGGAAACGAAAACGAUGCUUGUUGGUCAACUCAUCUGUUUCUUGAAAUGCAUAAUAAGCAUGCAGAGAUCUGGAAUGGUCCAACUUUAACAUUGUCAGAGGCAUCUUCAUUGACUGGGAUCAAACAUUGCUAUCCUUUAUACGACUUACGUAGUUUCCUGCACCACCAAGUUGCAUCCUCAUCAUCGCUUUGUGUUUGGUACAGUCCGUUAUCAUCUGACGAACCUUUUGAGCGUCCUCAAAAUAAAUUUGUCUUAGGAAACAUUUCAAAGUUUUUAAAAGAGAUAAACAACAAAAACGUUAGUUUUGAAAAUCCAGAGUAUAUUAUCGAUAAUCUUCGUUUCAAAAAGUCAAACUAUGAAAUUAGGCAGAUGAAACUGGCAGUUGUCGCAGCUAUCGAAUCGUUGGAAUCUGCUAUGCAAAUCACGAAACCAGGAAUAACGGAAACUUCUUUGCAAAGUCACAUUGAAUAUCAAAUGCGCAGUCGAGGUUGUUCUGUCGGAUAUCCACCUGUUGUUGCUGGAGGUUAUCGAACAAAUAUUAUCCAUUACAUGAGAAACAAUUCUGAAAUCAGAGAUGGAGAGCUUAUCUUGGUGGAUGCUGGCUGUCGUGUAAAUGGAUACACAUCCGACAUCACUAGAACUUGGCCAGUUAAUGGUUAUUUCUCACCAACUCAGAAAAUUGUACACGAGAUACUUCUUGAAAUUCAAAAAUCUUGCGCUUCUGUAGCCUCUCCUGAGAAAAGUUUGCAAGAUUUGUAUAAUCAUAUGUUAUCAGAAAUUGGACGACAUCUGGUUAAUGAACGUAUAAUUCCAGACCAAGAUAAACUAUAUGUGGCGCAAAAAGUUUGUCCACACCAUGUCGGGCAUUACCUUGGCCUGGAUGUGCAUGAUACUCCAACAAUACCAUACACGAGACGUCUUCAAGCGGGUGUGGUCUUUCCUUUAGAACCAGGUAUAUAUUUCAGGAGUGAUCUGGCUAACUUAGGCAUAUCUAAGGAGUUCAUGGGCAUCGGUAUGAGAGUAGAGGAUGAUUUCGUUAUGACAAAUGAUGGUUCUAUUCAGAAUCUGAAACACGUAGAACUUGACAAAAGCUAA